UCAGUAAGCCUUUCUUUGUAAUAUGCAUCUCAUAACAGAUGGCGCGCAGUAAGUUAGGUGCGCAGUAGAUGCAGCCGAACAUUACGCGUCGUUGCGAGCAGCGGUGUGCGGCGAAGAUGGCGGCCCUCAUGCACUUUGGAAAGUUAUGCAGAAUUAAGAUUCGUGCGAUCGGUCAAAGUUCCAGCUUCAAAGGUUCCCCUACGUGUUUACUGCGCCGGACGUUCAGCAUUUAUGGGUGCCUGUCACAGCAGACUUUUGACUCCCCGAGUGAUAAGCCACAGUUCCCUGGGGCUUCUGCUGAGUUUGUGGAUCAGCUGGAGUUCAUCCAACCCAACGUGAUCUCUGGCAUCCCAGUGUACAGGGUGAUGGAUCGGAAGGGUCAGAUCAUAAACCCUUCUGAGGACCCGAAGCUAUCCAAAGAGACAGUGUUGAAGUUCUAUCAAAAGAUGACUUUGCUGAACACCAUGGACCGCAUUCUCUACGAGUCUCAGAGGCAGGGUCGAAUCUCAUUCUACAUGACCAACUAUGGGGAAGAGGGGACUCACGUCGGCAGUGCGGCUGCUCUCGACCCCAGCGACCUGGUUUUUGGCCAAUACAGAGAAGCAGGUGUGCUGAUGUACCGCGGCUUCCCCCUGGACCUGUUCAUGGCUCAGUGCUAUGCCAACGCCGAUGACCUGGGCAAAGGCCGACAGAUGCCUGUCCACUAUGGGAGCAAGGACCUUAACUUCGUUACCAUCUCCUCCCCACUGGCCACACAGAUCCCUCAAGCGGCCGGGGCAGCAUACGCGAUGAAGGCCCUUAACUCGAACCGCGCUGUGAUCUGCUACUUCGGCGAGGGGGCGGCCAGUGAAGGUGAUGCCCACGCUGGAUUCAACUUCUCCGCCACCCUGGAGUGCCCCAUCAUCUUCUUCUGCCGCAACAACGGCUACGCCAUCUCCACACCUACCAACGAACAGUACCGAGGCGACGGCAUUGCCGCGAGGGGCCCAGGCUAUGGCAUGAUGUCCAUUCGGGUGGACGGCAACGACGUGUUCGCCGUGUACAACGCCACCCGGGAGGCCCGUCGCAGAGCCGUAGCCGAGAACCAGCCUUUUCUCAUUGAGGCCAUGACAUACAGGAUUGGACACCACAGCACCAGUGAUGACAGUUCAGCCUACCGCUCCGUGGAUGAGGUGAACUAUUGGGAUAAACAGGACCACCCCAUCUCCCGGCUGCGACACUACAUGACAGCUCGUGGCUGGUGGGCCGAGGAUGAGGAGCGAUCCUGGAGGAAGCAGUCGCGUCGGCUGGUCAUGGAGGCCUUCGAGAGGGCCGAGAGGCGGCUGAAGCCGCGGCCCGAUUGGCUCUUCACGGACGUGUAUGACGAGAAGCCGGCUGGCCUGCAGAAGCAGCAGGAGGCUCUACAGAGCCACCUGGAGCAGUACAAAGAGCACUACCCUGUGGACCUGUACGACAAGUAAACCCCAAGCAACUUCCACGACUAGAUGAACUUCCUUGUUCCCCCUUCCUGGAAUUUUUUUUCCCCCCCACUUAAUGGUCACUCUUUGCUCAUAUGACAAACACAGGUGACUUUUCAGAACUGGGGCUUCCCCAUGCAGGUUGAAGAUUUACAUUCCACAGCACAAAUCCUGCUCUGCAUCCUCAGUGGUACCCGGAAGGAUCACAUACAGUGGGCAGUUUAUAUCCGUAAAAUGAACAGACACUCGGGACUUCAGCUCACUGCUUGAGUCUGAAAUCCGCAUGCUUGUAUUUCAACACUAAUCAUUAGUACAGUGUAAGUUUUCUUUACAUGAAUAUAUGUUCAUGAUGCAGAAAAGGUUGGUGGUGGGUGAUAUUCUCCAGACACCGAGGCUGUUAAACUAGUAACAGUUAAUAAAGUUCAAUCAACUUGC